CCCAGGCACAGGCAGCCUGGACACCAGCACAGCUCUCCGCCUCGCCUCUGCCCCGUCUCUGCCCGCUCCGGCAAACCUGUCAGGGCCAGAGUGAACCAGCGACAGCAUGGCCACAAAGUGUGUGAAGUGUGGACCCGGCUACUCCACCCCUCUGGAAGCCAUGAAAGGACCACGGGAGGAGAUCAUCUACCUGCCCUGUAUUUACCGAAACACCGGCAUUGAGGCCCCGGAUUAUCUGGCCACCGUGGAUGUUAACCCCAGGUCCCCUCAAUAUUGCCAGGUCAUCCACCGGCUGCCCAUGCCCUACCUGAAGGAUGAGCUGCAUCACUCCGGCUGGAACACCUGCAGCAGCUGCUUCGGCGACAGCACCAAGUCACGCAACAUGCUGGUGCUCCCGUGUCUCAUCUCCUCCCGCAUCUAUGUGGUGGACGUGGCCUCAGAGCCCCGCGCCCCGAAGCUGCACAAGGUCAUCGAGGCCAAGGAGAUCCAAGAAAAGUGCGGCCUGAGCUACCUGCACACCAGCCACUGCCUGGCCAGCGGGGAGGUCAUGAUCAGCACCCUGGGAGACCCCAAGGGCAAUGGCAAAGGGGGGUUCGUGCUGCUGGACGGGGAGACUUUUGAGGUGAAGGGGACGUGGCAGCGGCCUGGGGGCGAGGCGCCCCUGGGCUACGACUUCUGGUACCAGCCCAGGCACAAUGUCAUGAUCAGCACCGAGUGGGCAGCUCCCAACGUCUUCAGAGACGGCUUCAACCCUGCUGAUGCGGAAGCCGGGCUCUAUGGGAGCAAUCUGCACAUUUGGGACUGGCAGCGCCACGAGCUGGUGCAGACUCUGCCCAUGAAAGACGGGCUCAUCCCCCUGGAGAUCCGCUUCCUGCAUGACCCGGCAGCUUCCCAGGGCUUCGUGGGCUGUACCCUCAGCUCCACCAUCCAGCGCUUCUACAAGAACGAGGCAGGCUGUUGGUCAGUGGAGAAGGUGAUCCAGGUGCCACCCAAGAAAGUGAAGAACUGGUUACUGCCCGAAAUGCCAGGCCUGAUCACCGACAUCCUGCUGUCCCUGGAUGACCGCUUCCUCUACUUCGGCAACUGGCUGCACGGGGACCUGCGGCAGUAUGACAUCAGUAACCCGAAGAAGCCCCGCCUCGUGGGCCAGAUCUUCCUUGGGGGCAGCAUCGUGAAGGGAGGCCCCGUGCAAGUGCUGGAGGACCCGGAGCUCAGAUGCCAGCCAGAGCCCCUGGUGGUCAAGGGAAAACGGGUGGCUGGAGGCCCGCAGAUGAUCCAGCUUAGCCUGGACGGGAAGCGUCUCUACGUCACCACGUCGCUGUACAGUGCCUGGGACAAGCAGUUUUACCCUGAUCUCAUCAGGGAAGGCUCCGUGAUGCUGCAGAUUGAUGUAGACACUGAAAGGGGAGGCCUGAAGCUGAACCCCAACUUCCUGGUGGACUUUGGGAAAGAGCCCCAUGGCCCAGCCUUGGCCCAUGAGCUCCGCUACCCCGGGGGUGACUGCAGCUCCGAUAUCUGGAUCUGAAGCCCACUCCCCCACCACCCCUAACCCACAUUCGGAACCCUCACCUCAGAGGGACCCGGCUUCACUCUCCUCACUCUUGAUCCCCAGCCCCUGAAAGCUUGUCCCACCAAAGCCAAACCAAGACUGUAGGAGCGUUGAGCGGUGUCUCCAUUUAUGGCCCACUUGCUGUUUUUGCUCACUUUCACUGUUUUUACAACUGCUUUUGCAAUCACCAAGAAAUAAACUGGUGAACCUCUU